AGUUGUUGACAGGGGACCAAAUGUCCCAAAUUGAUGACAUCACGCUCUCAGCGAUCGAUUUUGGCCUACAAGGCUAUAUGGGUACCCCCUCCGUGUCUAGGGCUCAUCCUAAGAAAAAGAAUUCCUCGAAGACGCCAAAACGUGGGAAGAAGGUAAUUGAACACAUUUGUAGUUGUACAAUUGUUUGAAAAUGUUGAAAUCAAGUAUUAGUUGGGGUUUGAAGAUUGAUUAGUGUUUUUUUGUCUAUUUUACAUGUACAACGACCAUUGAGCUAUGUGGAUUUGUUGAAUGCACCUGAUUUGCCCAUGGAUCAAGAGAGAGAGGAGGAAAUAUCAAUACCUAUUUCAUCAAUGACGAACCCUCCUCCGUGCACUAGAGAAGCAUCUCAGGAUCCGGUAAUAGCGACAGUUUCUCCAUCGAUGGUGAGCCAUCCUCAGUCCAUUGAAGAAGCAUCUCAGGCACAGACCCCUUCGCGGUACGACCAUAACGUGGAUCCAUUUAAGUAUGUCUUCAAGAAAACUCCUAAGAGUGAUAAGGAGAGGAGAGCGAAGACAUUAGCUCCUAGAUCAGUCAAUGAGAGCCACGUACUGCAUCAAAGAAGCUUGAUUUUGAUGAUCCACCACAAGUUUAGGAUCAUAUAGUGUUAUUUUUGGUCAUAGAAUGACCAAUACAUGUAGAUAUAUCCUAUAUUUUUAUUGUAUAUCUAUUUGGACAUGGCAUAUGCCACAUUUUUGUAAUACUUGUAUUGACU